CAUUGGAAGCAGAAACCCAUUUCAGAACUCUAGCCAUGAAAGCUUUUAGCGUACUCUUUCUGCAACUACUUUUCUUUGCUUGUGUAAUUGCAGACACUAGUUUCCUCUACAAUGGCUUUCACAACAUAAAUUUGAGCUUAUAUGGAGCAUCAUACAUUAAACCCGAUGGAAUCUUAUCAGUGAUCAGUUAUUCACCAAAGAACAUUGGCCAUGCAUUCUAUCCUUCUCCCCUGCAAUUGAAGAGAAACAAAUCAAAUACCUCUUCUCCUACUGUCUCCUUUAGUACCACAUUUGUUUUCUCCAUUUCACCCAUGUAUCCAAAGAUUGGAGGCCAUGGCCUAGCUUUUAUUCUCUCGUCCACUAAAGAUCCUCAAGACUGUCUACCUAACCAGUACUUAGGCCUCCCAAAUGAUACAAGCAUUGCUAAGUUCUCAACCCGUCUGCUCGCAGUCGAAUUCGAUGUUGUUCAGAACAUCGAACUAAGCGACAUCAACGAUAACCAUGUCGGUAUUGAUAUAAAUAGCUUGGUCUCUAAUGUGUCUGUACCUGCAACUUAUUUCAGUGGGAGUGGUUCUAACCAAACCCAUUCGAUUGAUCUCAAAAGUGGAGUACCAAUUACAGCAUGGAUUGAGUAUAGUGAUAAGGAGAACUUGAUGAAUGUUGCAAUCUCUCCUUUUGGUAUCCCAAAGCCUGAUAGGCCUUUGAUUUCUUUCCCCCUUGACCUCUCAUCAAUCAUAGACGAGUACAUGUAUGUAGGCUUUUCUGCUUCCACUGGUCUGCUUUUUGCAGAACAUAAUGUCUUGGGUUGGAGCUUCAGGAUUGAUGGGAGAGCUGAUGAUUUGGAUCCCUCAAAGCUUCCGUCUCUUGUGAAAGAAAACAAGGCAAAGAAGAUGUUGCAUAGAAAGGGCCUUGCAAUAGGGGUUAGUCUGGUUUUAGUCAGUCUGGUUCUGUUGAUUAUCUCUGGUGCAAUUCAGGUAGUUCGAAGGCCAAAGCUUGAGGAUGAGCUGUUAGAAGAAUGGGAAAUUGAGUAUGGAGCACACAGAUUCGAAUACUCGGAGCUCCUCAAAGCGACAUGCGAGUUUGGAGAAAGAAACCUAAUCGGGAGAGGAGGAUUUGGAUGUGUUUACAAGGGAGUGAUUCCAAGUACAGGUCUUGAAGUGGCAAUCAAGAAGGUUUCUCAUGAUUCAAGGCAAGGGAUGAAAGAAUUUGUUGCAGAGAUUACUAGCAUGGGAAGGCUUAGGCACAGGAAUCUGGUGCAGCUACAUGGAUGGUGCAGAAAGAACAAUGAACUCCUCCUUGUUUAUGAUUAUGUUCCAAAUGGGAGUCUAGACAAGCUAGUAUUCCAUUCCUCAAAGGAAAUUCUAACUUGGGACCAGAGAUUGAAGAUCUUGAUUGGUGUUGGACAAGCCUUGUUGUAUCUCCAUGAAGAAUGUGAUCAGAAGGUAGUUCACAGGGAUGUGAAGUCAAGCAAUGUAUUAAUAGAUGCAGACCUGAAUGCCAAGCUUGGAGACUUUGGUCUCUCAAGAAUAUAUGAUCAUGGCAUCAAUCCUCAGACAACCUAUGUUGUUGGGACACUUGGGUACCUUGCUCCAGAGCUCACUAGGACUGGGAAGGCCACAACAAGCACAGAUGUGUAUAGCUAUGGUGCUUUUAUGCUGGAGGUGGCUUGUGGGAGGAGACCCAUUGAGCCAGAGAAGAAUGAACAAGAGCUGGUGUUGGUGGAUUGGGUCAGAGAACUACAUUCUCAAGAAGAGAUCCUAAGAGGCAUUGACCCAUUGUUGGAUUUCUACAACCCAGAGGAGGCAGGGCUUGUGCUUAGUCUUGGUUUGCUUUGUUCCCAUCCUCUUCCUCACUGCAGGCCAAGUAUGAGAAGGGUUGUGCAGUUUCUGUUAGGGGAUGCCAUUCUGCCUCCUCUACCCCCUGAUGUCCACCUUGAUGAGAUUCCUGGUUUGGUUCUUGAGUCAUCAGAUGCUUACCCUAAUUUCUCUGAUUCUUCAUUUUUCAGAAUGAUGACCUCUUUUAACAAUCUCAAGCUUGGACAAGAAUAG